GGCCCAAAUAUCUAAUCGCCAAAACCCUAAUUUUCUUCUUGUGUUUUAUAUUUGUACCCAUAAUUGACAGUCUUUAGGGAAAGAUUCUUGAAAUGGCGACAGCAACAACCACAUCGACUGGAGCUGCGAUUGCUAAGAGGAAACCAGUGUUCGUCAAGGUUGAGGAUUUGAAGCCGGGGACCAGUGGUCACACUUUGACGGUCAAGGUUGUGGAGACAACCACUGUUAAGACGGCCCAGAAGCCGAACAAGGGCCGCUCUCUCCUCUCCCGGCCCGCUCCCCCUGCUCGAAUCGCCGAGUGCGUCGUCGGCGAUGAAACUGGAACCAUCGUUUUCACCGCCCGUAACGAGCAAGUUGACCUGAUGAAGCAGGGCACUACUGUGAUUUUGCGAAACGCUAAGAUUGUGAUGUUCAAAGGGACAACAAUGAGGCUAGCAGUUGAUAAAUGGGGACGUAUGGAAAUCACUGAACCUGCUGGUUUUGUGGUUAAAGAGGAUAACAAUCUUUCUUUAGUAGAGUAUGAAUUGGUCUCUGUUCCUGAUCAGAAUGCAAACUAGAACCAUUUUUGUGGUUUAUGUUUUUAGGCAAGUAUGUUAAGAAACUUAGGGUUUGAUUCUUGUUGCCGUGUGUCAUGAAUAGUCUAUUGAGGCGCAGUACUUUAUGAAUAUUAGACAGGUUUUUUUGGGCAAUGAUUUGCGUAAAGUAACAGUAAAAUUAAUUUUCCCAU